AUGAAUCAUCCUCUAGAUCACCUACAUCUAUACUCAGAAACUCUACAGACGGUGCAGUUAUGCGAGUGUUUGAGUGAUGACCUUAAUAUCUGCUUGUCGUGCGUCACUGUCAGUGUCUUCCUAACCCGCCCAACCUCAGACUUUUUCAACCUCUUUGGUAUAUUUCAGUUUCACCAGCAGCGGUGCAUCAUGGGGUUUCCAGUACAUGCAGCAGCUAGAGCAAGCUCCACCAGCAGCUCAGCUCAAACGGACAAACAAUCAGGGUCGCUGAGAUCUGCGGUCGUACUGAGACUGGAUCAGGAGGUCGAGAGCGUGAACAGAUACGAGUGA